CAUAGAAAAUAAAAUCAUGGAAAUAGCCAGGGGAGAGUCGGACAAUUACGACCACCCAAUUCCCUCUGUAAUGUACAUCACUACGAAUAUCCCGGGUGUAGGGAUAAACGCGAGAGACUUUGAAUCUGAAUUCUCUGUUGGAUGUUCGUGUACAGAGAUAUGCGAAGAGUCUUGCUCAUGUAUGAGAGGAAUUGUCAAUUACAUCAACGAUCGAUUAAAUCCUGAUAAAAAAUCAGGUUUAAUUUUAGAAUGUAAUCCAGCAUGUUCCUGUCUUCAAAGCUGCAGCAACAGAUUGGUUCAAAGUGGUCCACUGACUUGUCUGGAACCUUUUCAGACUCCUGCAAAAGGAAUUGCACUCAGAACAAAUGAAUUUAUAUUGGAAAACCAAUUUAUCUGUGAAUAUGCUGGCGAGGUGAUUGGAAUUGAUGAAGCUAGGAAAAGAAUGGAGGAUAAUAGAAUCAAAAAGAAAAUGAAUUAUAUUCUUGUAGUGACUGAGCAUGUUGGCGAUAGGAAGAUAACAACUUGCAUUGAUCCAAGCAUCUUUGGGAAUAUUGGAAGAUACUGCAAUCAUAGUUGUCAGCCGAAUGCUAAUCUCGUGCCUGUGAGGGUGGAGGGACUCGUUCCAAGAUUGUGUUUAUUUGCAAGUAGAAAUAUUCAAAUGCGAGAAGAAAUUACAUUUGAUUAUGGAGGUGGACUUGAGAAAGAUGAAAAAAAUUUCAGUGAGACUGUCUGUCUGUGUGGAUCUAGUGGCUGCAGUGGAUUUUUACCCCAUCAUCCCGUUUGAAUUUUUAUUCAAUUUUGAGUGAAGACUUUAUUUUUUUUUGCAAAAGUAAUAGAGUGUGGAAAUGCAUUCAGAAAAUCAGGAUCACGAGUUUUUGUGCACAAGUCUUGAAUAUUUAAAACCCUCCAGAUGUAAAUAAUACAAAUCCGAUGAUCCACUUAUGGUGGAAGAAAACUGUCAACGAAUAACUAAUAAAACUAUUUUUUUUUAGAAUUAAAUAGAAGUUCAAUUGGAUUUUAUGAUCAUAUGAAGCAUUUAUGAAAUAUAAAAAGGAAUUCUAGUUAAGAUGAUGGAAUACAUGGCAAUAUUAUCAAGCAUAUGAGUUUUUUCUUCAAAUCAACUUCGUUAUAUGUCGUGUCAUUAAAUAUUAAAUGAAACGAUCCACCAAUAAAUACCUCGAGAAAAUUUAUGAACGAAUAAGAAUGAUUGUUUAUGGUUAAGACAAAAAUUUAACUAUGAGUUGUUCACGAAUUUUAAAUUGUUUAUUAUUAAUAAAUACUGUGUAUUGACUAA